CGAUCCGAGAGUGCCGCUGAAUCAAGUGGAAGUUGGAAAUACUCCGACGCAGAAAUAUUUUGUCAGCUGUGAAAAGGAUUCUAGUCAGAGAGUGUUGUUUAUGUGGUGUCUCAUCGUCAGAAAAUGGAUAAAUUUCUACGGAUAUUCAUCAAAUUUCACGGCUAUUGCAUUGCUAUUGUAAGCAGCAUUCUGACCAUAUUGUUCACGGGCAUACUGUCCUCCAAUGCCGAGUCACACAUACAAUGGGAAGACUUCGUGGAUUUACGCUUCACAGGAAUACCGGUUCUGAUUUUCGGAAUCACUUGGAUGGUCGCCAACAGCCUGUUAAUAAUCGGAAUCUUUAAGGAAACAAAAGUUUUCCUCUACCCAUUUUGCAUUCUGUUUGUGAUUGAACUAUUCCUAAUGCUAAUUAGAGAUCUCUUUCUGGUGAUAACGCUGGAUCAAUGGUACCGGACAGCGUUUUUCAACAUCACACUGCCGUUUUUCCUCUUCGUUAUACCGUACGUCACGAUGAGCAUGUUUGCGUUGAUGAGAUUGUUUGACAUAGAUCCCAUCAACCGGGCGGAGGACAACUUCGUGCGAUUCGAUCGAAGUGCAGCUGAAGAUGUUGAUAGGGUGACCAUCAGGCGUUAAGGAGGGUGAUCUAGCGUAUUUUGCCUACCGGUGCUAGCGGCUUGCAUGUUUUAACUAGGGGGUAGGUUUUUAUCUGAUUUACAACAAUAAUGAACUUCUGAGACUGGAAAACAGAAGACAGUUUUCUGUUUGGAGUGAAGGAAUCUAAUGUCAAGAUAUACACACUUAGAAAUUUUCGCCGACUUCGGUAAUUUUUACCGAAAUCUGAACAGCUGAACUGUUCGGUAACAUUUAUGCAAUUUAAUUCAAUUGCUUUUCAGUUACUUUGAAACUAAAUCUACACUAAAAUGAUAAGAUUUGAUCGUUUGAACAAGGUUGAACAUGUUUUGAAAUUACUUUUUUAAUUCAAUGGACUUUAAAAUGAAGGUCAAAGUUUUACCGAACGUUCAGCUGUCCUGAUUUCGGUAAAAUUUAUCGAACACGAAAACAAAAUCUUAGUGUGUAUAUAUAAAAAAGCAGGGAAUUAAUGGAAACAGAAGGUUUAAAGUUUGAAAAGAAGCUUUAGCGAGUAUGGUGAAUUGAAAUUACUUUAAUGCUCAGGAAUCUGUUUUAAUCUUUAUAUUGUUCAUUAUGAUUUAAAUAGUUUUCGAUUCUGUAAAAUGUUGAACUUACUAAAAUACGUGAAAAUAAUUUGAUGUUAUAUACCACCACAUACUGAACUUGUAUGUUGACAUAAGAGAGCCUGAAUCAAAAUUUAAAAAUAUUGGUAGGUUAAUAUAGGUGAAAGUAUUUCUCAGCAAUAUUUCCAAUCGUCCCUCAGUCAUUCAAUUUUUGGAACACUUUCAGAUUUGCCUAUCAACUUUUGAUCAACUAGAUCAUUCAAGAAAUAUCUCUCAAACUUCAUUUGAAUUGUUUAUCACUUUCCGGUCAUCACUCAGAGUGGUCUUGGACCGGAAGCUGAGUUUCAUCCCUUAUUUUAACAAUCUAUUCUAGUUACAAUUAAGUUACACCAACUUAUUAUGAUGGAAGUGUAUUGCUUGGGUACUAACUUCAUUACCGCAUGGCUAGCCCCUACCUAUAAUUAAGCCAUCCACAUUGCAGCUGGGUUUGAACCGUCCACUUCUUUGGACUCAUCACGUGUCAAAUUCGGGGACCUGCCUUUCUGGUCGAUGAGACCAUUGGGAGCAGAACAAUGCAGACCACUGGCAAUGAACUCUGUCUCUUCAGGGAGGGGAAUAGAAUUCUAAGGAGUCUGGUUAACCGUCAGUGUCGAGACCCCACUGGAUCGGAUCCAGGGGAUGGGCAGAGCCAAGUUUCUACUUUGACCACUUGGUUCGCAAACGAUUCUAGAAGGUCUGCUAAGCAAGACUUCGGGAAGAUUCGGCCUUGGAAUGAAAUACUACUACUUCCGAGAAACUGACUAGUGCUCUGUAUUUAGCAUCUACGCCGCUACCAUGCACGCUAGUAAACCACUCUCAGAUUCCGGAAGUGUCCAAUCUGCAUUGGAAUCCCACACAUCCAGACAACCUUUGGAUCCAGGGGAUCCAUAAGGAAGCCCGUUACAUACUACCUUCCUAUGGACCCCUGGGCACUGUGACAUCUGGGGAA